AUACUACAAAGGCUAUGUGGAAGAUAGGUUAAAAGAAAGGGCGUAAUUAUCAUAAUGUCUUCCCAAAAUGUUACACAAUGUAUUGAGAAAGAAACACUGAAACAUCCUAUUCGCGGGUUGUGGAGAAAUGAAGACCAGCCUGAGUGUGAUGGUAAUGAAGAAGUGGUUUUCGAGAACUGUUUAAAGGAAAAGUUAUUAAACUUCGAAACACUUUCCACAGCGUCAAAUGUGAAUCCAGAUGAACAAAAAAGAGAAGACAUCGACAAAAUCGAUUACUUCGACAGCGAGGACGAAUACUGGGAAAAUCAUACCUUUACAACGGAAGACGAUUUCCAUUUCGAUGAAUUUGAAAAUGGACACGGUUCUCCAUCUUCAGGCACCAGAGAUGUGGGAAGAUAUAGUCAGGGAGUAGAACAAUACCACAACAUGCCAGUCUUUCGAAGGUCUAUACAGAAGUUUGCAACUGACAACGAUUUUGAUGUAUAUGAUGUCAUUUCCGAUGGAAACUGUAUGUUUCGGGCUAUUGCCGAUCAAUUGCUUAUAAAUGGCUGUCUUGGGCAUUCGAUAGACUCUCUGAGACACACAGCAAUAAAGUAUCUAAGACAGAAUCCCUUCCAUCAAGACAAAGGUCACCUGUCUUCCUUUUUAACAGAGGAAUCAUGGGAGGAAUAUCUGACAAGAAUGUCGAGGUCUGGUGAAUGGAGCGAUCAUAUCAUUUUACAGGCUGUCGCUGAUUUGUUCUCCCUCGAAGUCAUCGUCUUCAACGUCUAUCGUGAUGACAUAUGUCGGACUGAAGUCAAAGGCAAAAUGUGCAAGAAUCAUCAAAAUCGCUUGACAAUAUUUCUUGGUCAUCUUGGCGAGUUCCAUUAUUUAAGUUUGCGUCCAAAACUAUGGUUAAGACACUGGCCCUACAAGGUUCUAAUACUAAGGAUCCUAGGUUGUUCAAAGGAUAUUGACUCUGAUACAAAAAGACAUUUUAUAGCACAACAGGUGAAAAGAAUGAUUGACGAAAGAUUCAUACCAGAGACAACAUUACAAGAAAUUGCCAAGUUUGCUUUGCACAACAUUACUGAGAACGAGGGUGAAGACCGAGGUAUGGAAGAGAAUUGUAAUAAUUAUAGGGAAUGGACACGUGUCUUCAGACCAUACAUCCAAAUGGGUCUUCAGUCUGAAGAAACUGAAGGAUCGUUUCAACACCUUACAGAAGAUGGAAUACAGAUAGAUUCGCUGACAGGAAUACCAAUAAUACAUUUAUCCUUCAUAAUGAAAAUUCUCCUGUCUCAAACACUAAAAAAAAUUCACUUGAUACCACAGGGUCGUCUAUUUUAUUUAGGGGAACAUCGAGAAAUUCUGUACUACCACUUUAUAGGACCCUUAUGUGACCCAUGCUAUUUUACGUUGAAAGACAUAACUCGUUCACAGAAAAUGAGUAAAUUUUAUAAAAAACGGCAAUUCAAGAAACCAAGGAUUGUUAUUAUUAGAAAGGACAAAAGUGUGCUUUUUGCAGUUUCUCCUGAAAAAGAAAAUUCGACAUCACGUUUAUAUGUUGAUACAUCAGGUUCUCACCCUGGUUAUUGUAGAAUUAAACUUCAGAUAUAUUGCAGAGAUGACAAUGUUUUGCAGAUUGGUUCAAAUGUUUAUCUAAAAGCAUACGAGGUUCCCGAGAGGAUUAAGACUGUUCCGCAUUUUCAUGAAUAUGAAGUCCAGUAUAUUGGUUUUCAAUGCCCAUUCCCUCCACUGACAUCUCUAUGGAGGGAGAAGAAAAGAAACUAUGAUUUCCCCUCGGCUGUUCUCAUUGACCGCGUAAGAGGAAGAAAGGUUACGUUAAUUCCAAAAGCCCACCCAAGAAGCGAAAAUCCAACCAUUGAAUGGAAAUUCGAUUUUUCUUUGGCAGAGUUCACAAUAAUUACAAAUCUAACAAAAACACAACAAUAUGGAUAUUUUGUGAUAAAAGUGUUGCUCGAAAACAUGACAUCCCACCUUGACAAGACUCUGAAACGAAAGCACUUAAAAGCAGUGUUUUUGAACGCAGCUGAGGAAAAGCCCUCUAGUGCUUGGGACACCUGCUUCAGCGAUUGUAUACUGCAUGUCAUCAGCAAAUUGUUGACUUGCUUAAAAACAGGUUUUUUGUCGCACUACUUUAUACCAAGCAAUAACCUUUUUGAUAGUUUUUCGGAAGCUGACAUCAAUGCUCUUUCUUUGUGCGUUGAAUCCAUUCGUCUAUUUCCAGUAAAUAUCAUCCAGUUUGUUGCCGAUAUGCAUGGAUUUAUGUUUGGAAAAAACUUGAUAGAUCUGAUUCUGUCAGACGUUCCGUCUUUUAUGCAAACAAAAGAUUUAAGGGCUACGGUCGAAAAAACACUAAUUCCAACAACAAUUCGCACAGCAAAGGUUCUCUCAAGAAUGGGAUUCUAUGACGCAGUAUCUCAGCUACUGGAAAAUAUGUAUGAACAGCUGCUACUGCUUCCAGAUUCAGAAAGAAAUACCCCGAACUUUCAAGAUUUCAUACAGGAUGUAAUUGACAAAAUUGACCAACGGUCAUCUCGAAUCAUUCUUGCAAAAGAUUUUGACAGAGACUACGGACUAAAUCUGUCAGCAAAUUAUACACGAGAUAAUGCUUUCCAACUGAAAAACCUUUUGCCCUGGGAGGUAGAUGAUACAAUCGGUUGGUUGACUGUACCAGAAUCCCGAUCAUCAGAUUUAACUUCGAUAGCAAAGUUUCUGUACAGAUAUAGUCUAGCAGAAUUAGAAAAAAGGAACGCAACGCUUAGUUUUUCUACGAUAGAAACAGCCAUACGUUGUUUAAAACAUGUCAUCGAACAAAAUUCUUUAGAUAUGAGCACCAUUGAAGAUCAGAUUUUGAAAGAAGAUGUCUUAUCACAAACCCGUGAAUUGAAGCAAAAUCUAAACCUGUGCUACAUACAUUUGUAUCAUGCAUCAUCUUUUGAAAUGUACAUAUAUCCUUUGAUCAAUUACAUGGAUGAUAUAGAAAGACAGUGCGAGGAAUUCCCGAGUAUGCUUGGUGUAGUCAGCGAUAUGUUUCGCUUCUUAAAAAUGCCCGACAAACAGAGGGAAUAUGAGUUGAAACUCAGAUCAUACCUUUCAGAAACAGGAGGUCCUAAGCUUAUAUUCAUAUAA